UCACUCUGCGCCCGCGGAAUACACGUGUGGCUCAGUAGCUCGCGACACGGUGAGGGGAAACGUGUGGAAAUAAAGCGUAAAAAUUGGUCAUUUGCAGCAGAAAUCAUGGGUAAAAAACUCAAAGUCGGAAAAACCAGAAAGGAUAAAUUCUAUCACCUCGCCAAAGAAACGGGUUAUCGGUCCCGCUCGUCCUUCAAGCUCAUUCAGCUCAACCGCAAGUUCCAGUUCCUCCAGAAAGCCCGAGCUCUGCUGGACCUGUGUGCCGCUCCAGGAGGAUGGUUGCAGGUGGCGUCCAAGUUCAUGCCGGUGUCCAGCCUGGUGAUCGGUGUGGAUCUGGUGCCGAUCAGAAGCAUCCCGAACGUGGUCACGCUGCAGGAGGACAUCACCACGGAGAAGUGCAGACAGGCUCUCAGGAAGGAGUUGCAGACGUGGAAGGUGGACGUGGUUCUCAAUGACGGCGCGCCAAACGUCGGUGCUAACUGGCAACAUGACGCCUUCUCUCAAGCGAGUCUCACUUUGAUGGCUCUGAAGCUGGCGUGCGAGUUCCUGGCGAAGGGCGGCACGUUCAUCACCAAGGUCUUCCGCUCGAAGGACUACCAGCCGCUGAUGUGGAUCUUCCAGCAGUUCUUCCGGAAGGUGCAGGCCACCAAACCCCAGGCCUCCAGGAACGAGUCGGCCGAGAUCUUCGUCGUCUGCCAGGGUUUUUUGGCUCCGGAUAAAAUUGACAACAAGUUCUUCGACCCCAAACAUGCGUUUAAAGAGGUCGACGUUCAAGUGAAAACCGUCAAAGACCUGGUCAACAAAAAAAAGCCCAAAGCUGAAGGCUACAGCGACGGAGAUCUCACUCUCUAUCACAUCUUCUCACUGUCAGAGUUCCUCAAGGCAGAAAACCCCGUCGAUUUCUUGAGCAAAGCCAAUAAAAUAACCUUCGAUAACCCCGAGCUGGAAGCCCACCCCAUCACUUCAUCAGAAAUCAAAGAGUGCUGCUCCGAUAUCAAAGUCUUGGGCCGAAAGGAACUGCGUCUGUUGUUGUCAUGGAGAUCCAAGCUGAGGAGGUUCCUGGCUAGAAAACUGAAAGAGGAAGCCAAGCAACUGGAUCCGGAGAUCAAUCUCAACUCCAACGAUGAAGAGAGCGAGACUGACGAGAAGGAAGGCAAGAAAAAGGCGGUGGAAACGGAUGAGGAGAACGCGGCGGACGACGAGGAAGAAGAGAUGGAGAAGAAGCUGGCGGAGAUGAAAGCCGAGGAGUUCGCCGAUCUUAAACGGAAAAAGAAGAAGCUCCUGAAGGAGAAGCGCAAGCAGAGAGAGCGAGUGGAGCUGAAGAUGGAUCUCCCUGGAGUUUCCAUCGCCGACACCAGCGACUCCUCCAUGUUUUCUCUCGCCGCCAUCAAGAAAGCCGAGGGUCUCAGUGCCGUCACACAGGGAGACAUGAAGGUGACGGACGCUCUGCUGGAUGACGAGGAAGGGGAUGAUGUGCACAUCUCUGACGAGGACGAGGACGAACGCAUGUCUCUGGCCUCAGACCUCGACUCCGACGACCUUGAGGAAAUCGAGAAGAAAGAGAAAGAAAUCCAGGGAAAAAUGCCGAAGAAGAAAAAAGUUUCGUUUGCCGCCGCGCCGCAGGACGAAGGGGAAACCAACGGGAACGAGUUAAUCGUCGAACUGGAAGGAAAAGACGAGAAGAAAGAGCGCGAGACCAACAUGUGGUUCAGCAAGGACAUCUUUUCAGAGCUGGAUCUGGACGACGAUACAGACGCCAUGAGUGAACUGAGACAAACCCAGCUGCUGCAGUCUGGGAAGGGCAAAAAGAGGAAAGCGGAGGCGGAGCCCAUCUCACAGAAACAGGAAGUGGCUGCGCCCUCACAGGAAGUGAAAAAGGCUCAAGACGACAGCGACUCCGAUGAUGACAGCAGCGAUGAUGAUGGUGAUGAUGAGAGGGAAAUUGCGCAAAUGAAACACGCUUCGGCGGCCGUCGGCACGAGAGGAAUGGCUGAUGAGGACGAAGACUUUCAAGUUGUUCCUGUGGAAAAAACAAAUAAACGUGCUCGUAUUCUUAAUGCAGAGGGUUUGGCACUUGGUGCUCAGAUCGCCACAUCCAAAAGGAGAACGCGAGACCUAAUUGACGGCUCCUUCCACAGGUAUGCGAACUCUGAGGACAUGACCGAAGUUCCCGCCUGGCUUUUUGACGAUGAAAAGAAGCACCGGAAGAGGCCUGUUCCUGUCACCAAAGACAUGGUGGAGGAAUACAAGCAGAAAUGGCGGGAAAUCAACGCCCGUCCCAUCAAACGCGUGGCAGAGGCCAAAGCCCGCAAGAAGAGACGGACGAUGAAGAAGUUGGAGCAGGCCAAGAAAAAGGCCGAAGCCGUCGUGAACACGGUGGAUAUUUCAGAGCGAGAGAAAAUGGCGCAGCUCAAAAGCAUCUACAAAAAGGCCGGCGUGGGAAAAGAGAAGCAGGACGUCACGUAUAUUGUGGCCAAGAAGGGCGUCGGGCGUAAAGUGAGGCGUCCAGCCGGACUCAAGGGCGUUUUCCGUGUGGUUGAUGGACGGAUGAAGAAAGACACGAGAGCCGCGCAGAGGAAAGACGACAAGAAUCGUGGGAAAGGAGGGCGGGGCAAUAAAGCUGGGCGGGGCAAUAAAGCUGGGCGGGGCAUGAAGGCGGGAAAAGGGCGUCCAAAGAAGUGAGUGAUGCCCCUCGCGCCCUCGAACGGAUUGUUCAUUUAGCUAGCUGUGUCGUACUGAUUGGAUUAUUAGCGCAUAUGCUAAUAUUCAGUUCCAGCCUCUCGUUACCAACAACAUGUUUUGCUUGGACUUUGACACACUUGAUUAUAAAUAAGGGACUGAACCUUUAGACCAAUCAGACGUGGCUCCAACCGCUGGUGUUUUUCAGCACUGGUGUAAUGCUGCGUGUUUUGAUGUUUAACAUAUACUUUGUGGUAUAUGAACUUCAGGUGUAUAUAGGGUAACCUCCUGAUUUUUGUGGAUUAAUUAUGCUCAUGUAUGUGCAAGAAAAAGAUCUGCUUGGAUUAUCAGUGACUUUUAAUAAAUACAAAUUUAAAUUGA